CGAGCUAGUUCAGUCUAAAUGCUGACAACACAUGACCUCAACUACCUGCAGCUCUGAUAACGGAAACCUGUUGUACCACCAACCUCCGUAUUCGUACCUAGGUCUGACCACCCGCCAAUCAGUUCAUGAUGAUCUGAUACUAUUCUACAGGGGCCAAUUAGGACCUUGCAGUAGUAAAUAUGUCGCCCAGACCACCAAGAAGUCCGCCCAUUAAUGUCGAAAUGGUCUGGUUUUGCGAGCUUUGCUGGGGCCGGUGCAUUUACGCAGGCUUGCCACUUAUAGUAUUCCGUAACGGCCGAAUACCACCGAAAUGCCGCAAUCUCCGGCGGGACAGGACCUGCCCCAACUUUAGCGUUCCAGCUCCCCCCUGUUGGAGCAAUGCGUCGCUGAAGCUUCGUGAUACCCACUGAAAAGCGAUUCGGGUGUACCGUAAACGACAUCCCGCGAUGACGACCGUCCUCCGACACAUUCGCAUCCCCUCCUCAGCGAACCGCCUCCCAGCAUACGAGAGCGUCGUCGGGGUCCAAGCGCACCUCCAGAAGCGCCUGCACGAGUACAAGGCCGCUCUUUCCCUCAAGAGCCCGGCCGAGCCAGGACCCGUCGCGCCGCCGCCCACCCUGAUCUCGUUCACGCCCGCCCCGACAUACACGCUCGGCCGCCGGCAGGUUGGGCCUCUCUCGAAAGCGGAGGAAGCCCGUCUUCGCGCACCAUUAUACGUACGACAACACGGCCGCGGCAGCGCGGAGCAACCCUGGCUAGAACAUGAGCCCGAAGUGGUGAACGCGCCGCGCGGCGGCCUCGCAACCUACCACGGACCGGGCCAGGUCGUGUUCUGGCCCGUCAUAGACCUGCACUCGCCGUACCACAGCAGGUUCACGGUGCGCGACUACGCGUGCCUGCUGGAGAAGACGACGAUCGCCAUGCUGGCCGAGCUGCGCGCUCCCCCGGGGGGGAGUGCCGUCGAGGGGUUCACGACCGACAACCCGGGGGUCUGGGUGAAGCACUCGGCGUGGAGCGCGAGGCUCGGGAGACAGGUGCGGGUCGAGGGCGCGGAGCGCAAGAUCUCGGCGCUGGGCGUCCACCUGCGCCGGCACGUCACGGGCCUGGGGGUCGCCGUGAACGUGAGCAUGCCCGUGACGGGCCCGGAGGGCGAGAACCCGUGGGCUCGGAUCGUGGCGUGCGGGCUCGAGGGCAAGGGCGUCACGAGCGUGAUGAGGGAGCUAUACGGUCGCGGUGCCGAAGACGGGGAUGGCCGUCUUGCCGAAGGGCUUGCGGACGAUGUACGAGCGAAAUGGGCGCAGCAGUUCGAGGAGAGACUUGGUAUGGAUUGGAGCCUGCAAGCAGAGGAAUACAAGGACCCAAUGUUAGAAACCUUGCUGAUGCAAUGCCCGUCCUAACCAACAAGGGGUAGGACGAGUAUAAUGAGCACUACUAUGAGUAUGACUCUCGUGAUGGCGGCCCCAAUCUAGGUGACUCUGACGGCCAUGGAGGUGGAUAUUUAUUUUAGAUACCAUGUCAACAUUGGCUCACAACUCUCAACAUUCCACCACAAAAGUUUACUUCCAUGCUAGAG